AUGAUCAAACGUUUGGUGGAAGAUGUGCGAGCCAGGCUGCGUUCUGGAGUGACUAUCAACUCGCUGGGGCAGUGUGUUGAGGAGCUUGUCCUCAAUAGCAUCGAUGCCAAAGCAACGUGUGUAGCUAUCAGGGUGGAUUUGGAAGCUUUUAAGAUCCAAGUGGUGGACAACGGCUCGGGGAUGGGGAGAGAGGACUUAAAUGCGAUGGGAAAGCGCUACUUCACCAGCAAGUGCAGCUCAGUGGGAGACUUGGAGAACCUGAUGUUCUACGGCUUUAGAGGGGAGGCUGUGGCAAGCAUAGCCAACAUGGCCAGCGUAGUGGAAGUUUCAUCUAAGACCAGCAGGACAGGAAAAACAUUUGUGAAGAUAUUUCACAAUGGGCAAGCGCUGGAAGUCUGCGAAGCUGAAUUGAGCAGACAAAGUGGCGGAACUACAGUGACCGUGUGUAACCUAUUCUACCAGUUACCGGUGAGGAGAAAGUGUAUGGAUCCUGCACUGGAAUUGGAGAGAGUGAGACAGAAAGUGGAGGCUGUUUCGUUGAUGCAUCCCUCUAUUUCAUUUUCUUUAAGGAACGACGCUUCUUGUUCUAUGGUGCUUCAGCUCCGUAAGACAAGAGAUGUAUGCUCUCGGUUUUGUCAAAUUUAUGGACUGGGCAGAUCCCAGAAGUUACAAGAAAUCAAUCAUAAGUCUGGGGGAUUUGAGAUAAGUGGUUAUAUCAGUACUGAAGGACAUUACAACAAGAAUAUGCAGUUCUUGUAUGUGAAUAGAAGGCUUGUUUUAAAGACAAGGCUACAUAAACUGAUCGAUUUUUUAUUAAGAAAAGAAAGUGUCAUUUGCAAGGCAAAAAGUGGCCCUGUGAGCAGACAGGCUAGCUCAAGUCCUGGUCGCCAUCGUUGUGGCCCAGAGUUGUAUGGGAUCUUUAUUCUCAACGUGACCUGUGCAUACAGUGACUACGAUGUGUGCCUGGAACCUGCAAAGACUCUAAUUGAGUUCCAGAACUGGGAUGUUCUUCUAACUUGCGUAGAGGAAGGAGUGAAAAUAUUUUUGAAACGAGAACAUUUAUUUAUUGAACCAUGUAGUGAGGACAUCAGAGAAUUCAAUGAAGAUAAUGACUUUUGUCUGUAUAACGCUCCAGUUCUGAAGCCCUCAGUCUCUGACAAGAAGAGCAUCCAAGACAGUUUUAAGAAAGCAUGUGAUGAAAUUGCGGAUUCCUAUGAAAUGCGUAGCUUGCAAUCAAAAGAUGUCAAAAGGAAAUCCGUUACUCGAAAAGAAUCUUCAGGUCUUAGAGAGUCAGAUAAAAACCUACAGGAAACUGAAAUUGCCCCACAUCAGAAGAUUGCUGAACCAUCUGAUCCAUGUAGGAACAAUAAAGCAGAGAUUCCACUGCCCAGCAAAGAUGACACAGCUUCUGACUGCAUUAUAUCAGACAUCUCAGAGCAGGAGCCAAAAUACACUAACAGUUCCCCAAAAGUGUCUGAUACUCAUCUGAAACCUUCAGGAAAUUGUUCCUCUAUCAGUGGAGGGGUCAGAUCAGAAAUAAGAAAAACAGACAGUUGUGGUGACCUGCAGCAUUGUGCAGAGAGUUACAUAAAAGAUGUGGGAAGCCAGCAAGACAAAGUAGUGCAGAAAAGCAAUACGGUCCCUAUCUUAAGUAACAAUGUUAUUCAGUCGCUGUGUGAGAGAGAAGACCCUACUGAAGUAGCAGUGGGGCCUGAAACUGUCUCUGGAAGUUCACUGAUAAGACUGCGUAAUGCAAGACGAGGAGACGAGGAAACAGCUGAAGUGCUAGACGAUGCUGGAAGAGGGGCUGUUAGUUCAAUACCAUUACAAUUGUCCUCUGUAGGCCUCAUAACGCGUGUUAUGCAAAGUGAGCCCCCACAUGAACGUGAACAAACAGAAACAAACCUUGAAUUAAACAUGCAGUGUAGACCUGGCCCUGUCAGUGCCAAGGAUAUUUUUGGCCGCAAAGUGAGUUUUCCGACUCAAUCUUUAAAUGCUACAGAUAUUUGCAGUAACAUAAAUAAAGAAUAUACACCUCCUUACACCAGAGAAGUAUGCACGGCUGAUGGUAAUGAGUGGUUAGAGAACAAAACUUUGUCAAAUCAGGUGAGUGAGGAGAUAGCUAUGCCUGUUGCCACCAGUAAAAGACAUUAUGAGAUGUCAAAUGUUACAGAAUUGCCACUGGCAACUUCUUCAGGUGUUCCUCACCAUAAAGUUACAGAAAACACUAGAAGACGAAUAGCCAUGCCAAGGUCUCGGCCCUCUAAGAAGCUGAGCUUGUCCACACAGCUGGGUUCGUUAGAGAAGUUCAGGAGAUACUACGGCAGAAUCAAGUGUAUGCUGCCAACACCAUUGUCAGAGCGGAGUGAAUUUGGUCUCCCGGUUUUUAAUUCACAAGCUAAUUGUGACUUUUCAAAGAAUGAGAAUGAUAAUCAUGGUAACCUGAGCACUUAUGAAACUCCAGCUGUGGAAGAUACAGAUUCUAGUAAUAGUAGCCGUUUAUUUGGUUGUUUCAAAGAGACUUUGUUCUGCAGUGGAGAAACUUCACAGGACAAACGAGCCCUUUGUCAGAGUCCAUUGACAUUGUCUGAUUACUCUCAGGUUAGUAAAAAAAAUACAAGUUGUAAAAGAUCUCCAGGAUCAUUAUCAUCCAAACUGUCCAGAAUGAAAAGUGACCGCAAAGAGGUAGAACAAUUUGGUGAACAGUUCCAAACAGAUUCAAGCAGAAAAGAUGACUACUCUUUUGAUCUUCAAUCUUCAGAUAAUGAUUUUUUGUAUAAUGAUUGUCAAACAUAUAAAUCCUCAGUGGAAAAAAUGAGGGAAUGUAAUUACAGCAUUUCUAAGGGGGAUGCGUGCUCGCAAUUAGACCGUACAAGAGCAGAGUCCGUGAAAAGUACUGUCUGCUCAUCGCCACUUAGCAGUGUAGAAGGGGAGUACAUAGCCUCUUCAGGCAGUGUUUUAUCAUUACCUGCUACAAAGGAUUGUACUAACAUCAUCUGUAAAGAUAAAAGGACGUUAGAUGAAUCCUCAGAACAAAAUUUGAAAGAUGCUGAGGUUCCCCAUAUGACCUUCCUAAGCAACUUGGAAUUCUCUGCAGACAACACAAGCACGGGCAAUCCUAGGAAGGAUUUGUGUUGUUCUGACUGGCUGCAAGAUUUUGAUGUUUCGUCGGGUAAGACAAUAUACAGGCUUUUUCAGUUUUACAAGUUCCUGAUAACUGUAUUAAGGAUUCAGUUCAGGUGCCAUCCCUUUAGAAGUGAGAUUGUGCUACCCUUCCUUCCUAGACCUCGAAAAGAAAAGACUCUAGGAAGCCAGGAUCUGAAAGAUGCUGAAGGGGAGUCUCUCCAGUCAUUGCUUGCAGAAUGGCAUAAUCCUGUUUUUGUUCCCUGCCCAGAGAUUGCCAUUGAUGUGACCAGCAGUCAAGCUGACAAUCUGGCUGUGAAAAUUCACAAUAUCCUGUAUCCUUACCGUUUUACCAAAGACAUGGUUCAUUCAAUGCAGGUUCUUCAGCAAGUGGACAAUAAAUUUAUCGCUUGUUUAAUCAACACUAGGAAUGAAAUGGAUAAAAAGGAAGAUGGAAACCUCUUGAUUUUGGUAGACCAACAUGCAGCUCAUGAACGGAUCCGCCUGGAGCAGCUUAUUGCAGAUUCCUAUGAGAAGGAAGCUGCAGCAUGUGGCAAGAAGAAAUUACUGUCCUCCUCCAUCUCUCCCCCUUUGGAGAUUGAAGUUACAGAAGAACAAAGACGAUUUCUACGAUGCUGCUAUAAAAAUUUGGAGGACUUGGGUCUUGAAUUGUCAUUUCCUGAGACCAACAACUCCUUGAUUCUGGUUAGGAAAGUGCCACUGUGUUUUAUAGAAAGAGAAGCCAAUGAAUUACGACGGAAAAGACAACCUGUUACUAAAAGCAUUGUGGAGGAGCUUAUUCAAGAACAAGUUGAGCUAGUGCAGACCACAGGAGGAGGAGCACGAGGGACACUGCCUCUGACGUUUCUGAAGGUGUUAGCUUCCCAGGCCUGUCAUGGAGCCAUUAAGUUUAAUGAGCAUUUGACUUUGGAGGAGAGCUGCAGGCUUAUUGAAGCUUUGUCAUCUUGCCAGCUGCCCUUCCAGUGUGCUCAUGGAAGACCUUCCAUGAUGCCUCUUGCAGACAUAGACCAUCUACAGCAGGAAAAGCAGGCUAAACCUAAUUUGGCUAGACUGCGGAAGAUGGUGCGAGCAUGGCAGCUAUUUGGAAAAAAAAGACCCUAAUCAGAAAAAAGCAAGAUUGUACGCUGCAGCCACUAGAAGUGUUGCUGUGAUGCAGGUCCACCUAUUGUCAGACAGCAAUACCCUGUGUGGAGCCAAGUUUCUGAGCCAGCGCGGUAACUGAAGUUCUGCUCCGA